CUCUUCUUCAUAAAACGGCAAGCCGAUCAUCAGAGACCCCAGACAAAAAUUUCCCUCCCCAAGGAAAAAGGAAAUCCCUCGCGAAAUGUGUCCUUCCGGCCGAGACCCUUCCCGCCGCAAUCUGGCCGCCGCCGGGGCGGCGCCAGCGGACUUCCGGUCGGCCUUCGACGUCCUGGACGCCGACCGUGACGGCAAGAUCAGCCGCGACGACCUCAAGGCCUUCUACUCCGGCUUCGCCUCCCCCGCCCUCAGCGAGGACGACAUCAGCUCCAUGAUCUCCGCCGCCGACGCCGACCGCAACGGGUUCGUGGACCUCGACGAGUUCCAGCGCGUGCUCUGCCGCCGGAGCGCCGUCGGGUCGGUGAUGGAGGAGGCAUUCCGGGUGAUGGACCGGGACGGGGACGGUAAGGUGGGGUUCGAGGACCUCAAGGCGUACCUAGGGUGGGCGGGGAUGCCCACCGGCGACGAGGAGAUCAGGGCGAUGAUCCGGAUGGGCGGCGGGGAUGCGGUCGACGGGGUCAGCUUCGACGCCCUCGUGAAGAUCCUGGCCGUCGAUUUCGCCAGCUCCGAAAAUUUGAAUUGAAUGCUACCACGUGGGAUCCGUACUCCACCGACCAUGGUGGCGGAAAGGUCGAUGAAACUGAUUCGACGCGACUAUUUUUGUCUGGACGGCUGUCAUUAACCGGACCUCGGCCCCGCGGAUUUUUUUUUUUUUUUUUCCGCCCCCCCGCCUGUGCGCUUGUUUGGUUGGAACCACCGUAACUGGCGGUAUAUUUGAGCCACAGUAGUAACUUUUAUUUGUAUCCAUAUUUUCCUUAAUAAAUAUAAAUAUGAAUUGAAUAUUAACCAA